AUGUCCAACGAACUGAUCUUUAUCACCGGAGCCACAGGUUUCAUUGGGAGCGCCACUGCAGUGGAAGCUCUCAAAGCCGGGUAUCGAUUGCGAGUCUGUCUUCGGAAGCCAUCCGAGCAGUUGAAAACCCUGCUGUCAGAGUAUAGCGACCGACUGGAAUUUGUUAUCGUUCCAGACCUCACUGAUGAGACGGCAUUCGAUGACAAGUUGAAUGGCGUGGACUAUGUCCUUCAUCUUGCAUCCCCUCUUCCCCGUGGAACCGACAAGGAAGCAUACUUUCCUCCGGCUGUGAAAGGAACCACUGCCUUGCUAAAAGCAGCCGCAAAGGUACCGACCAUCAAGAAAGUCGUGAUUACUUCGUCUAUUGCGAGUAUGAUUCCUUUGUCUGGAGUUCCUGCUGGUGGUGUGAUAAAAGAGGACAACGAUUGGGACUUUUCGGUUGAUGAGAAUGGCGAAUUCGAGGACCCUCAAAACCCCGCUGUGACCCCAAUGCGACUGUAUUUGGCCUCUAAACUUCUUGCAGACAAGGCAACUUGGGAUUUUCGAGCAACAGCGAAGCCACACUAUGCAUUAGUGACACUGCAUCCUGCCUAUGUAUAUGGGCACAACCUUCUUCAGACUUCCGCUGAAGGAAUCAAGUGGGGGUCUAACAGUGGUUUGUGGAAUCUCAUCAUGAAGGGCGAUGGCACUAGAGACACUGUGGCAGUGCAUCUUCAGGAUGUGGCCGAAGCGCACAUCAAAGCGUUAGAUCCCAAGAUCGUGGAUGGCUCGAAGUAUCUACUAGCGAGGCCGACGACAACAGGCCCAGAGAUUGCACGAAUCGUGCGAAGACUCUACCCAAACUGUGGAGCAUUGGUCACGGAGGAUAUUCAGUGUCUCUCAUCACCAGUUGAUACAACUAAGGCGGAGAGAGAGCUUGGGAUUCAAUGGCGCUCAUUCGAGGCGAUGGUGCGGGACCUGAUGGACCAGCAGCUCGGAUUCAUGUAA